AUGAUCAGCAGCCGGUCUCCACUGUUACAAAUCCCGACCAUUUGCCACUCGCGCCUGCAGGCGCCCAGGGACACCAGCCUCCCUCCCCCUGCCCAGUGGCUGGGUCUCAGCCGUCCCACAUCCCACUUCCCCGGGAAGAAUCCUGGGGCUCCAAGAAGUGGUGUGACAGGCUCCCAGCCACACGGCUCUGAUGAUCCUUUCUCGCCUCUCUGGUCCCACCAGGACACCCUGAAUUACAGCACCACUGAGUAUCCCCAGUACGACUGGACUGGGGACUUCGGCCUGCCGGUGGAUGAGUCUUCCAGCCCCUCCAAGCUGCCUCUUCCCCAGGUGUUUGCCCUGCUAAUCUUCACGGUGGUCUUCUUGGUGGGGGUCCCGGGCAACGCCCUGGUGGUCUGGGUGACAGGCUUCGAGGUCCGGCGCAACAUCAAUGCCAUCUGGUUUCUCAACCUGGCGGCGGCCGACCUCCUCUCCUGCCUGGCGCUGCCCAUCUUGUUCACCUCCAUCUUACAGCAUGGCCACUGGUCCUUCGGCAGUGCUGCCUGCCGCAUCCUGCCCUCUCUCAUCCUGCUCAACAUGUACGCCAGCAUCUUGCUCCUGGCCACCAUCAGCGCCGAUCGCUUCCUGCUGGUGUUUAAUCCCAUCUGGUGCCAGAACUACCGGGGGCCCCGCUUGGCCUGGGUGGCCUGCGGCGUGGCCUGGGGCCUGGCCCUGCUGCUGACCAUCCCCUCCUUCCUCUAUCGCGUGCUGCACGUGGACUACUUUCCAUUCAAGAUACGGUGCGGCGUCGACUACGGCCAACGAGGCUUCCUCAUCGAGAGAACCGUGGCCGUCCUCCGGCUGGUGGUGGGCUUCCUGUGGCCGUUGGUCACGCUUGGAAUCUGUUACACUUUCCUCCUGAUUCGGACCUGGAGCCGCAGAGCCACGCGCUCCACCAAGACGCUCAAGGUCGUGGUGGCGGUGGUGACCAGCUUCUUUGUGCUCUGGCUGCCCUACCAGGUGACGGGCAUGAUGCUGGCCCUGCUCCACUGGCGCUCGAAGACCUUCCAGGCCGUGUCCAGGCUGGACGCCCUGUGCAUCGCCAUCGCUUACGUCAACUGCUGCAUCAAUCCCGUCAUCUAUGUGGCAGCGGCACAAGGCUUCCACGCCCGCUUCCUCAGGUCCCUUCCUGCCGGAGUCCGGAACGUGUUGACCGAGGAGUCUGUGUCUCGGGACAGCAAGAGCUUCACCCUGUCCACGGCGGACACCCCGGCCCAGAAGAGCCAGGCGGUGUGAGGGGAGCGUGACCCACCCCCUCUUCCCACCUGUCCCUUCUCUCUCUGCUGAUUUUGGCCCAGCCCCUGGUGCUGUCGUGUUCACCAACUGUCGUCCUUUCCCUCGGUCUUUCCCAGACGUGUCCUCCCUCCCUUUCAGGAGUAACACGUCCCUCUAGGGACUCUCACCCUUUCUUUCCACCCAAGGGCUUUGGAAAACAAGCAGAAACCCAUAAUACUGGGAGCAUCCCCCUCCCACAACGGUUCUCUGUCUGCGUGGGCGGAGACUGUCUAGAACACACCCCAUACAUAGAAGACAGACAGGGAGGGGCGCCUGGGUGGCUCAGUCGGUUGAAGGUCCAACUUCGGCUCAGGUCAUGAUCUCACGGUUAGCAGGUU